CUAUUUUCUUGAGAAAGUUCAUUUUUUUCCCUCUCUUGUUGUAGUUAUGUCAGUACUGAAUCCUAAUGCAGAAGUGUUUAAACCAACUAAUAAAGAAAGAGAAGUAGUCCCUUUUCUCCCACAAGGCAAUGAACUUGUUGUGUAUCAGCCACCAUUACUGCCAUUUCAUGUUUCACAGCCUCAAUAUCAUCACUUAGGAUAUUUCUACUACUAUCAACAAAAUGUUCCCCUUUAUUGGAUUCACAGAGAUCGUUAUCAUCAACUUGAAAAAACACCUCAAAAUCAGUCAUUUCUUGCAAAAGGUGAGAUCUUUAGUGAUGGGGUGAAGAAGAAUUGUAUGUGGGUUGAGAAAACACAUCAAGAUCAGUCUUUUGUUGGUAAAGAUGAAAUCUUUAGUGUUGGGAUGAAGAAAAAUUGGAAAAAUAAGAAACCCCUUUUGCCACCUAGGUUGAUGAGAGCUGGUGAAAAUGGUUGGAAGCCAAAAGGGUUUUUUAUGAGGAAGCCACAGCAAGAAACUGGUUCUUCUAUCUCUCCAUGCAAAUCUUCUGCUACUUUUUUCAGUAGGAACAAAACUACUGUUAUGAUAAGAAACAUACCCAAUCAAUUCAGGAGAGAGCCUUUCAUGCUUUUUGUUGAUCAGUACUGCAAUGUGAAUCAUUGGGAGUAUGAUUUCCUUUAUCUGCCAAUGGAUUUUAGGACCAAGAACAAUGUAGGCUAUGCUUUUGUCAAUUUCACGUCGGGUUGUGCUGCUUCAGAGAUUAGGAAAGUUCUCAGGUACUUCAAAUGGAAUAGUGUUGAGACUCCCACGGGCUUUUACUCGUCAAGGAAGAUUUGUGUAGUUUCUUGGGCUCGUAUUCAGGGCAAGGAUCAAUUGGUGAAGCAUUUUUCGCAGUCGAAGUUUAUAUGUGACACUGAUGAAUAUCUUCCAGUUGUUUUCUCCCCUCCGAGGAACGGUUCAUCUAGGUUGACAGCUCCAAUGACUAUUGGCAAUCUGGCUGCAGUUCCGUCAGUUUAUUCAUCCAGUGACACGACUAAUUAGAACUUUGCAGCUGCUGGAACUAUAUGUUGCUCGAGUCCUCCAAAAAAUGCUAAAUAUACCAGCAUUUUUGGACGAGCCGAGCAACAUAGUUUAAGCUUUUAGCUGUGUCGUAAAGGGUUUUAUGUUUGUAGUGAUGUAUGUUCAAUGUUUUCAUUUUCUCCCUGGAGGCUCGAGUUUAUCGAUGAUCUGGGGUGAAAUGAAAACAUUGGAUCUAUCCAUAUAUGUUUUAUAUUUUGAAAUCUUAGGUUCUAUGUUUAGUAUUUUAUGUUUUAAGAAUGUUGUUUGUGUUUAGUUUGUUAGUUUAGUAUUGUAUG